UAUUCUACUUCCGGAAAUAUUUACAUCAAUGGCCGUCAUGUUCACAUGACUUGCAUCUUAUUUUCUUGUCAGAGACUGAAUUAGUCGGACUUUAAUUAUCGAUAAUACAUAUAACAGAUCUUAGAGACUCCUCUAUGAAUGACAGCUACAUAGGGCCUUAGGUGGUCGCUGGGCUUGAACAUUGGUAGCAUAUGAUGCUAAAAAAAAGGGAGAUAACUUGUGUAAAAUGGAUGUCGACUCGUUCAAUGAGAAUGAUCUCCUCCUUUUAGAGAAUCACAUGGAUGUCGGAGCAAAGUUCCUAGGUGGCGGAGCUAAUGGCACUGCAGACUCGAGGAGGGACGGGCGACAGGACCAUGGUCAGCGCAGUGUAAGCAGCACAGAUGAUGAACUGCUGGACAUACGCACUGACCGUUUGGGGCCAGAUCGCUUGGGAUCUGACCGCUAUGAAACACUCGGCUACAUGAAUGCCGACUAUGAUGAGGAAGAGGAGGGCAAGUAUCAAACAAGCUCCUCUAAUAUUAUGGACACGCUGGAAGACUUGCCCCCAGGUAUCGGCCAGUAUGAUGACUUCCACACCAUUGACUGGCUACGAGACAUCGCAAGGGACCGCAUGCGGCACCGUCAUAUCAUGAAGAAAAAGCAGGAAGGCUUUCUGGAGAAACUGAAGAGUGCUCAUGAUGCCUGGUCUGGCUGGGUGUGUGUGUUACUAGUGGGAGUGGCUGCAGGUGCUUGUGCCGGGGUGAUUGACAUUGGGGCCACAUGGAUGUCUGAUCUGAAAGAAGGGGUGUGCCGAGAUGCCUUCUGGCUCCCUAAGGAACAGUGCUGCUGGUCUGCAAACAACUCCUUUUUCAAUAAUAGUGGAUGUUCACAGUGGUAUUCCUGGUCACAGUUAUUGGGAGCCGGUAAGGAUGUCAACAGUGGAGGGUACUACAUUGUUGAGUACAUUGUAUACAUCCUGUGGGCUCUUCUGUUCGCCUUUCUUGCUGCGAUGUUUGUACGCAUGUUCGCCCCCUACGCAUGUGGAUCUGGUAUUCCAGAGAUUAAGACCAUUCUGAGUGGAUUCAUCAUCCGUGGAUACCUAGGAAAAUGGACCCUGCUCACCAAGUCCAUCGGAAUGAUGUUGGGUGUAUCUGCAGGUCUAAGUCUCGGAAAGGAGGGACCUUUUGUCCAUGUAGCUUGCUGCUGUGGUAAUAUAUUCUCCUAUCUGUUUCCCAAGUAUGGCAGCAACGAGGCAAAAAAGAGAGAGAUUCUGUCUGCAGCAUCAGCAGCUGGAGUGAGUGUAGCCUUCGGUGCUCCAAUAGGAGGGGUCCUUUUUAGUCUGGAGGAGGUGAGCUACUAUUUUCCAUUGAAAACCUUGUGGCGUUCGUUCUUCUGCGCUCUGGCUGCUGCAUUUGUCCUUCGUUCCAUCAAUCCAUUUGGGAAUGACCAUUUGGUGAUGUUUUAUGUGGAAUAUAAUGAACCGUGGUACCUUCAGGAGCUGAUUCCCUUCAUCUUUCUAGGGGCACUAGGGGGUGUGUUUGGGAGCUUUUUCAUCAAGUUGAAUAUAAGAUGGUGUAAAUUCAGGAAAUCAUCAAUAUUAGGAAAAUACCCCAUUGUGGAGGUACUUGGUGUUGCUUUUAUCACAGCUUUACUGAGUUACCCUAAUGAGUAUACUAGAAAGAACACGAGUGAACUGAUCCGUCAGUUGUUCAGCAGGUGUGGGCCAGAGGACAAUACAGAAUUGUGUGAUUACAAAAGAAAUUACUCAUCAUUGAAUGCAGCAUCUCCGACCUUUUACUCCUCGAGUACGGAGGCUGGAGACGGAGUGUAUAAGGCUUUAUGGAUGUUAUCCAUUGCUCUCAUUUUUAAAGGAAUCAUCACCAUCUUUACAUUUGGCAUCAAGAUACCUGCUGGUCUGUUCAUUCCAAGUAUGGCAGUUGGAGCUAUUGUUGGCCGAAUCGUAGGAAUUGGAGUGGAACAACUGGUUGUGAGAUAUCAUUCUAAUCCAUUUUUCCAUAAUAUGUGUGUGUCUGACAAUUUCUGUACGAUCACUCCUGGAUUGUACGCUAUGGUCGGGGCUGCGGCUGUGCUUGGGGGUGUAACCAGGAUGACAGUGUCCCUGGUGGUGAUCAUGUUUGAGCUGACCGGAGGGUUACAGUAUAUUGUGCCACUGAUGGCUGCUGUCCUCACCAGUAAGUGGGUAGGCGACUCCUUAGGGAGAGAAGGAAUUUACGAUGCCCAUAUACAUCUGAAUGGCUACCCCUACCUGGAUAGCAAAGAGGAGUUCACCCACACGACCAUCGCCGCUGAUGUGAUGCGACCUCGGGACCAACGUCCCAGGUAUAACAGGAAGCAGAGGAGUGACGCGGAGACUCGACUUGUCAGUGACCCGCUACAGACUACUAGCAGGCGGAAUGAUCCUCCUUUAUGUGUAAUCACGCAAGACACGAUGACACUAGAGGAGUUAGAAUCUACGCUGAAAUCCUCAGACCACAAUGGAUUCCCUGUAGUUGUGUCCCGAGAGUCCCAGUACCUUGUAGGGUUCGUCCUCCGCAGAGAUGUCAAUCUGGCUAUAGAGAACUCCAGGAAGAACCUGGAAGGAAUUGUCUCCAGCUCCAUUGUUUAUUUCACCAGUCAUGUACCUAGCAAUCCAAAUGAUCCUGCCCCUCUCAAACUAAGGAAAAUCCUUGAUAUGGCACCUGUAACCAUCACAGACCAGACACCGAUGGAGACAGUCGUGGAGAUGUUCCGUAAACUCGGCCUGCGACAGACUCUGGUUACACAUAACGGACAGUUGAAAAAAGUUAAGAGAGGUGACAGGGAUACAGAUCAACCCACGCAUGAGUUGCCCGGUCGUCUCUUAGGAAUUAUCACCAAAAAAGAUGUUCUUCGUCAUGUUGCACAGCUACAGAACCAAGACCCAGAGUCGAUUUUGUUCAAUUAGACCCAAGUCUAUCUCAAACAACAUGGUGGUGUUCCUCAAUCAAAUUAUUCAUAUCUUCGUUAGCCAAUCAUCUUUUAGAUAACAAACUUGUUGUUAGAUUUGUAUGACGUAUACUCGUUACUAGACACCGUGAGCCAAGAGUAAAAUACUGACGUCCGCACAUGUGUGACUUUACUGUAGAGGUUUGUCGUGUGUCUUUGACUUGUGGAUUUAGCCUCUACGUCUGCCGAUUUCAUACUCCACAGUCCACAUCCAACUUAAGGAUUUAGGAUCAUGAGGUAUAUACCUUCUAAUGUUGCUAUGAACAUGCUGCAAAAAGCCGAAAAGACAUAUAUCUUCAUAGGAUCUUCAAGGACUCGUACAGAUCAGUUCUGUAAGUAAUGAAGGAUCUGUAUCAUAAAGUGCUACUGCCAAAAGUACAGAUCAUGGGCCAUUCUUAUACAGUGCCAAGUCAUUUACUUUCGGUCAAAAAGAUUUUUUUUUACAAGAUUAUCCGACCGUGAACAACCAGGGUCAUUUUGAGACUGACUACUACAUAGAUGAAAACUGACAAAUCAGUGGACAUAUUUCUAGAGAAAUUGAAAUUAUGUUCCCCCAGGACAUAAAUAAACAGCAGAGGAUCGGCCGUGAUCUCAGGCUUCCCGUAAAACAACGUUAACUGCGGCCCCUGUUUGGGAUCAAAUCCUUCACCAGAGGUUCAAUCAGUUCAGUUUUCUACCAACCUAGUUUUUGUAAAACCACACAUUCAAUAAAGCUGAAAAAUGUAUUAUGUAGAGAAUGAAAAUAGACCUUAACAGAAAUUUCUGUACUAGGGAUUCACUGAGAGGGAAGAUACUGCGAGGUUGAGAUCGAUGUUAAAACUAGCCAAAGUGUUGACGUUUUUAUGUUUUAAAAAAGUGUGAAAAGUGAAUGUGAAAUGAAAGGCAUACACAAAGUUAUAUUUAGAUUAUGUUACGAUGCAAUAAACUUUAAUAUUAUUUGUUAUAAUUUUCAUAACUAUACAUUUCGAGUAUUUGUAAAAGCCAUCUUACAACUGAAUGAAUGCAUAUCAUGUUGUCAUACUAGGUCAACCUAAGUGAAGACUGCAUAUAAUGAAAGAUACUUUUAGUAACAAAAAAAAAUGACAUGUGAUAGUUAAUGGUGCUCGUUAUUCAUGUCACAGCCUCAAUUUUCAUUCAAAAGUAAAGGGAGACAAUUUAAGUUCAGAUUUGUUCUUUAUGAAAAUUUGUGUGGAUGAUAGUUACAUAAUAAAAAAAAAUACAUGUAUAUAUAAAAAUAUUUUAUUUUCAUAAAAUUUAUGAAGUUUUCAUUCAGUAUGCGGUUAGAAAUUAUUUUUCAAUAAAUGGCACAAUUAACGAUCAUUCCAUUAAUAAAGAAAACACUUUGAUGGCAAAAGUAAAUCUUACAAUAUAUGUCACUUUUAGGAAUUGUGAAAUUAUGGCCGGGAAAUUUCAGCCCAACAAAAUUAAGUUCUCAGCGACAUAACAACAGUUUUUAACAUCAGUAAAUAUGUUAAUGUUUACUUCACAUGUACAAAUUUUUGAAUCUAAUGGAAAAACAAUAUUAUUUUGAAAAUGAGCUACCUUUAUAUCUGUUAGAGAUAAGCAAGGGAAGUUUGCGAAACGUUGCCAGUAAAUGGCAGUCUGUGUAGCAUGUGAGAAGAUUUUGAUGAUUAGGAUACAGGUGUGAUUGAUAAACUUGGCUUUAAUUGAUAAUCCAUCACAAUAAUUUAAUCUACUGUAUGCUUAAUCAUCUAACUACCCAGCAGCCAUCGGUAUUUUCCAUUUACAACUACAGGUAUUAUCUUUGUACUAAAUAGUCGAACAAAGAAAGAGUUUCAUUCUUCAGUGUCAGUUUUAAUAUAGAAGAGGAAGAAAUUUAGGGGGAUUAAAAUUUUGUAUAUUUACGCAAGUCGUGAAUUUAUUAAUGAUAUUUAAAUAAUGACUACUGUUAUUAUAAGCAUAUAAUCGGCUAUAUAAUCAGCUACGGGUUUGCAUGCUCAAUGAAAUGGUUUCGCUUUCAUCUUUGCUGGAAACAAUAACAUAAACAUUAUCUAUAUACAUGUAUAUUUAUAUAUGUCUGUACUAUGUACAUUGACUUAUAGGAAUAUUUCAUAUUAAUUAAUUGUAUAUACUUAAUAUAUUAAUACAAAAUUUAAUAAUUUAUCAAAUUAGUUGAGCCAGGUGUAAAAACCAAUAGUUAUUUUCACAUAUACAUCUACACAACAUUGUCAUAAGAACAUGUAGCAUAAUACAUUGUAUAUAGUUUUAAAAUAUAGUAUUCCAAAAACAUCUUUUUUUUUCCAAAGGAGUAACAUGUUGUAAAUUACACCAAUUAGGCAAUAAUUUCAAUUAGACAGAAAACCCAAAAACUUUCAGUUUUUUACCAUUGUCAAUGAAUUUGACAACAUUUAAUUAUCAGGCCCUUUUACUGUUUUUCAAGCUUAAUGGUAGGCAAAGGGACUAAUAUUGGGUUAAAUAUUGAAUCGUACCAUAACUAAGGCAAAUUAGUGUAUAUGAUCUGGUUUUGAAAUGAUUUGAUUUCUUCAUUUUUUCCUAAUAAAAUUUGACCUCUAUUAUAUGUUUUUAGACGAACGGAGAGACAAAUAUUUCUGACAGUUUAUAAAAUGCUGUCUGAGCUUGGGGAAAGGUCUAUGUCAGCAAGUGUAGGUCUCAAUUGAAAAAUGUACCUGUUUGUAUUUUUGAAAAUUGCUAUGCUGUUUCGCUGAUGAAAGUAACAUCAAAACCAGGUAGAGAAUUCUCCCCAUAAUGGAAUGGAGCCAAAGAGUUCAAAAGUACUGUAUUCAUCCACAAAUAAGCCCCUGCUCACAAAAAAGCCUUCUUCAUUUUUACAGAAUCACCAAUUUGAAAUAGUAAGUUAAAAGUGAUUCUCGAAUAAACUCUCCCCAAACUAAUCUUUUACCCUGGGAUAGGGGGUUAUUUGAGGAUAAAUACAGUAAAUUCAUGUUUGGCUGUCUUAAGUAUGAAACCAACCAGGACUGAAACUGUUGGGUGUACAUGCGCUUUUUGUUAUGAAGUGCUAGUGAUUUAGUUGUUUGAAUCCGGGUGACUGAAAUGUUUGAUAGUAUAAUAUAACUGUGUAUGAUGUAAAAGAACGAGAGCUGAUGAUAGCUUUCUGUGAAGAUGGAUGUUAUACCAAUUUUAUCAUUAUUUCUAAAUUUGUUUUAUUUUUGUACUUAAUGAAAGAUUAUGUAUCUUAAUGGUACAGCUAUUAAGUUUUUUUCUGUGAUAUAUUUAAGAUUUACUUGUAGAUUAUAAUUGGUUGUUAGAAAUUGUUCAUGAGUUGAAUUUUUAGAUAAUCAAGUUGCAAGUUAUGAUGUUGUAAAUAUAUGCAUGAACGACAACUUGUUACUUGAAUGUCAUUGACUAUACUGUUGUAAACUUGAAAAAAUUUCUGAAAACUAGAAUAUUUUGCUUUCUUUUAAAAACUCAUACUGAUAAAGAUUGCCCAAUAACAGAGUGAUUCACAAGCUUAUACAUUUACAACCCCGUUUCAUGAAACCAGUAAAUGAGAUAUUUUCUGUACGUCGUCACUGUAAUUAUGACAUAGCAAAAUUUCCAUUGGUCAAUGACUCAACAAGUUAAAUUUAAAACUUGCCAAAGUCUAUUUGAAUGAUAUUAAUAUGUUCUUAGUCCAAGACUUGUUUCCUGAAGUUCAAACAGCUUUAAGGUGGCUUAUUUAUGGUUGUUAACUAUUUAUCCAGUAUAUAUUUACAACUUUGAAUAGUGACUUCUCUAUUGAAUGUAUGAGAGGUAAUUCAAAGUAGAAUUAAAUGCGGGAAUAUUGAAUAUAUGUUACUCGACUUAAACAUGCUGAUACAUGCAAUGUUUUACAAACCAAGUGGAUGUCUAUUUCAAAGCUGGCGUAACAUUCCGGAGACUCCGUUGUUAUUGUUUUUGUUUUUGUGUAUUUCAACUAAGGUUUUUUGUUACUGUGUAUUUUCUCCAGAUCUGAAUUUCUCAAUUUCACAAUCUGUCCUUAACAUGCAAUUAAAACCAUGUCAUUAAAAUCACCAUUAAUUGAAUUUCAUAAUGGAUGCUUGUACAGAGGAGAAAUUUUGAUGGCUGUUGAUUUAAUUUUCUACUAUUUUAAUCUUUUGAAUAAUUAUAGAAAGUUAAUUUAGAAUCAUUUUGAGUUAAUUUUAAAAUAGUAAUCUGUCAUUUAACGGCCAAUUUUACCUUUGAACCAAUUAUGGCGCAAAAUUAAUUGAUAAUCAUUGAUUAAUAAUUAUCCACUUAAAAAUUUGACUCCUGCUGUGAAAAACACAGGCCUAUAUUCCUUUUCCUGUCUUAUCUUCCUUUUGUUGUUGUUUACUUGUAUUCCCAAUAGAAACGGGUUCCUAUCGCCACUUUCAUCCAGAUGUUUUUCGUCAGUCUGGUUUCGUCAUCAACUCACAUGAAGACAGAUAUCCUUCCUCUCAUUCCUUCUCUCUUUCCAUCAAUUACGUGUUCACAGCACAGGGAUCUGUAUUGUUUUCUAUAUGACCUACGCAGGGAUCUGUAUCAUUUAUACCAGGAAUGAUAUGGCAUGAACCCUUGUGAUAUACACUUAUAAUCUCUAGAAUGAUCAAAUCAAACAACCAUUUUUACAGAGAUCUAAAUUCAGUUAAACUUCAAUAUGAUUCUCAACACAUUUCCUUCAUAAGUCAUUUCCAACUUUUACAUUUAUAAGAAGUUUUACAUCCUUUCAUUAAAAAUUUCUUGUCAAAAAUCAUUUGUGCCACUAACCAGGAAUGUCUCUUGACAAAGAGUUCUGUACCAAACACUGCCACAUUCACAUUUAGUUUGUCCAAAAGGUGGACAAACGUAUGUUUCUGAUAAUUUCACUGACAUUAAUCAUGUGAUAUAGGUUGUGUUUUUGGAGGUUUAUGAUCUUAUUGAAUAUCUGUAUCGGUAGAGUUUUGAUUUUGUCUGAGAGAUACGAGAGAUCAUGUGUAUGAGGUAUUCUUCUAGCUAUACUAGGCAUUAGCUCCACUGUCACUCUCUAUAAUACACACUUCUAUCAAAAAAGUUCCUGCUUAACCUCGUUAAUUAAAAGAAUGUCCCAAACAACAUGUCCCUAAAAUCACAUAUUUUUAAAGUGUUAUGUAUCAUACAUGCUUAUUUUAGAAUUAAUUCCCUUAAUGGUAAAUAAAAUCCAAGUUAAAAAGCCUUUUCUCAGUGGCAUGAUAGGUUAAGGUCAUUCUUGUUAGGCAUGAUGUAUGUGUAUCGUCUGAUUUUAGAAUUAACAUAGACUGUACAUUCAAACUUAGGAGCCGUUUUCCAGCGACGUCUGGAAUAAGUGCAUAGGUAAUGUUAUUAGUACAAUAUAACUGGAGAGUGAUGCUCGUGUGUGUCCGCCCAAGUCGGCUACUAUGUAGACAGGUUUGGGGUGUCAGCUGAUGCGUAAAACACUGAGAAUGUGAUAACAUUGAUGUAACAUGUAAAUUUUAUCAUGAAUUUAUGUUGUGCCGUGAUGAAACAAUAAAUGCAGCCAUUUGGAACAUGA